AUGAGGACGGUGCCUCGUGCAUCCAAUAUCUCACAGCCAAAAGUGUAUGCCAUCAAUACUCCUCCUAUCGAGCAAAAUGCAGCAGCACGUCGAGCCCAAGAACAAUUGAGAAAAUUCUUGGAUCGAGCACAAUAUGCAGAAGCUCGAGAAUUGUUUUCAGAGAUGAUCAAGACUGCAGUAUACCCUAUCGAAGACAUUUGGAAAGUGGGUGUAGAGAUUGUGAGCAAAACAACGCCGAAUGACUUGACCGAUUACCUCAAGGCAGUGUACAUCGGAUCUCCAGAAAAAUUGGCUCCAACGACUUUCAAUGCUUAUAUCGAUCAAUUGAUGAUUAGCGAGAAGUGGGAUCUAGCGUUUGAAGAAAUGGAAUUAUUAUACCCGCGACAUGUAUUCCACCAUCCAAUUCUACUGCGAAAGUUGGCGAUCUGCGCUUACCAUCAAUGGGAGAUUGCAAAGCAAAAGCUGCCAGAGACAUACUUUCAAGAUGACGAGCAUGAUGUGUACGAUUUCAAUGUAAGCACAUAUGAGAAAAGAGUAAGAUCGGCAAACAAGUAUCUCCCAGAAGCACACAAAGUAUACAGCCUUGAUGUUACAGUGUUGAAUAUGUACUUGACUUUCCUGGAUACAGUGAAUGUUAGCAGCAAGAAAAGAGUGAUCACAAAAUCAUUGCAAGCCUUGAGAGAAAAUCCAGACUAUUUUAUGCUGUCAUAUCUGCUUGAACUUAAUCAUGACGAUCAAUAUUUCAAGAGUAAACCAUUCAUCCUGCACUUGUACGAGUGUAAUCCAUCCCUAAAACCCGAUGAGAGACUCAAGCAAUACCUUGUAAAGACAUGCAGACGUAUCAAACAUUUAAAAAAGCAAACUACCACCAAGAUUGAUGAAUUGCUCAAACUCGAAUCCAAAAGCCAAAGAAUCUGCCGUAUAUUCAUUGCACAAUUAGAGAACAACAAUACAGAAAUUUGGUUCGUCAAGUUGAUUGAAAAGAACAUUUUUCAAAGAGCAAUAAGUCAGGAAAUAUGCGACAUUUACCGAUCGAGUCCAGCAGAGCAACUAUUGAAAAGCUCGCAUGACAAAGAAUUAAAGGCGUUGGCAAAGGCAAUCAACUUUGAUAUUGAGAAAUACAUGCAGCGAGCCAUCAAGAACUUGCCAGACGAGAGCGACGAGGAGAAAGAAGACGAUGGCAAGGAAGAGGUUGGCAAUCAAGAUGAUAUGAUACUGGUACAAGGCGAGGCUCAAGACAUGGAAAACUCUUGCGAUACGGUCGGCUCGAGCGAUUACAAAGAGGAAGCCUAUAUGGUUAGUGAUGGCACUAAACAAAAUGAGACCAACAUGGAGGAUAUGAAAGAGCAAGAUGUUGAGUUUCAACAAGACUACAAAGAAAAAUCUGCGGAUGCGCAAGAAGAAAGCGAAGAGGAACAGUAUAUACCCGCUCAUACAGAGCUAUCACUCUUCCAAAAGUAUUUGCAACACCCAUUAUUCAAUGAUGACUAA